UCAAACACGUGACCGGAAGUAUGCAAAUCCGUCACACUUCCGUGCGGAGAGGGAAAUUUGAGCUGCAAAGAGAACUGCUAUAUUUAAAUCAUUUCUUCUUUGUAUUUUUGUACCAACGCCUCACUUUAUUGUCCACGGAACGUCGCACGAACACCUUGUUGUCUGCUUGCUUUGUCUUUUCUCUCCCAUUAAAAGGUAAGUGUAAUACUCUUUGUUAAAUAUCUAUUUGUCAUUAUUUUGUUGUUUUUACUCUUUUGUAUCAACACGCAAUUUUCUAGUAUUUGAUAGUGGCAAGUGAUUGUCUCUUUCUCUCAUGUUAACAUAAUUCAUUCACAAACCACGCAGUGACUUUGUGAUUGGAAAUGACUUAUCAAGAUAAUUUUCAAAGAAGGGUGCUAACUUUUUGUAUAGAAUUGAAUAUAUUGUCGCAUUGUCAUUCAGCUAUUAUAAAAUAUUCAUAAUAUGCAAAGUAGUGUCACGCUUGAAUAAGCGCAAAUUUGUGAUAUAAUUUAAAGAAAUUUUCAAGGCAAGAUAGCAAAGCUGCGAACUUUUUCUUCAAAGAGUGUUUUAAUUUCACGAUUCCGUGACCCCAUUGCUUAUUUACUUCAGUACAAAUUCAUCCGCACGCAAAACCCGACAUGUUAUAAUGAGAAUUGGGCCAGACACAUCUGUUGCUUAGAUAAAGGGCAAACCUUUCGUAAUAUAAACAUAUUUCCCUAUCUAGACAAACAAAAACCUAGCAAGAACAGACAGAGAUAAGUAGGUUUCAAACACGAAUUGACAGACUUGUCGAAUCCGUCCGAAAUGUUGCUACGGCAAUGGAAAUUGUGGAACGGCGAACGUUGGAAUGGCCUCGCGCGCAUAUUUGAAAAUCAAUAUAAAAUCAAUAUUCCAAAUCACUUGGUGAUUGCUUUAGUUUGUCGCACUGUUUUUUAAGUGUUUUAUCUUUUUAUUUGUUUAUCUGGGCUGGCAGAACAAUUGAGGUGUGCGCGCAAGCCAUGGGCCCUUAUUUCACGUGGAUUUUUCUCUCGUGACUACAAUACGCACUACACUUAAAAUAAAGACUCAACAAUAGUUACAUGUAUAUAGCAUAUUUAAGAUUGAUACAUUCACCAAAUCUGAACAUUUAAAUGCUUAAAAGUUUCCUGGGACUCUGUAUCAAAAAUACGUUGUAAAUAGUUUUACGAUAUCAAAUUUCGUAAAUAAUGAAUUCUCUAUAGAUAUGUCUGUUCGAUAAUUCAGAUUUAUCUUUCAAGGAAUUUCGCCGUUUAUCAUCUAUUUUGCCGUGUUUUUAGCACAAAAUUGAUGCGCAACUAUCAAAAUAAUUGCACUUUGAUUUUAAAUGAUAGUACAGAAUUCAAUGUAGUUUUUCUCGCUGGCUUGUUUGACAUCAAACAUCAGGUGCCAACAGAUACACAAAAAUAUUUGAUUAAAUUGCAUAGCAGACAUUCUUCCGACGAUUUUAAGAGUAAUCAUUUUCCCUAUUUUGGCAACCUGGUACAUAGAAUUAAAUCUAGUGUAUUCGCAAUAAAAAUAUAGGCAUUAAUUCUUCAUUCGCAACAAACUAGGCAUUUAAAUCCUACUGUAUACUUCUUGCAAGACGUAAUAAGAAGCAAUUAACAUUUCGUUUUCUUACAUAGAAAGGGUUUUUACAUUGUCAUUUGUGAAAAUCACGUGGAAUCGACAGAUUAAGAAGGCAGUUAUUUUGAAGCUUGCUGAGCUCAGUUCGGUUAAGCCAACCCAAUGAACUCUAUAAAUACGUUUUCAUAGAGUUCACUGAGCCAUCACCUACCCAGGCUCUUUCCUCAACCUCGUACCCAAGGUAGUGAAGGUACUUAGCCUCGAUCUCGUUAGUGGCGAGGACAUAAGGGCUUUAUUAAUUUGCUACUUUAUCUAUAGAUUAUCUGUCUGACGUAUUCAUUUUGUAGCAAUUUUUUGUCGACUAAAUUUGUACACUGAUUGUAUUUGGAUGAAAACAGGUGAUCCGUUGGAUGACCUUUCAGUACUCUUUCUCUACCUGGUGUAUGUGAUUUAAAAGGAUAGCUGCCGUAUAAACCAAUCCAAUCUCGUGGCUCUUGGAUACGAGACAUUCUUGUACCCAGAGCCCUUCUUACGCACGGUGCGACGAGGGGCUUUGGCCAAAUCCAAAACCGGAUACCAUAAAAACAUGGUAAAAGAAUAUAUCCGGUAUUAGAACAAUAACCUUCGUUGUAGCCAAUCAGAUGCCAGUUUGAUAUGGAUUUGGCCAGAGCCCCUCGUCGCGCUCCGUUGACCGCGCGUAAGAAGGGCUCUGGGUACGAGAAUGGGUACGAGAUUGUCUCCAGUUCAUCUUGUCUCGUUUCCAGGGCGUUACUCACGCCUGAGACGCUCAGACGUAAACUGGUUCGUUUGAAAAUGAAAACGUUUUGUUCUGUUUUCAAAAAAAACAGCGUCCUCACUUUUCAUGUUGACGUACAUGACUGACUUUGAUCUUUAAUAUAAUUUAAUAAUAAACGCUCUCGAAGGAUAACUGCGGAUUUCGAAGGAUACAACUACCCGCCGAAUAAUACAAGUAGAACUUCUACGUUUCGAGGCCCUUUAUCACUACUAACUUCCCGACUCCUGUACUAGUUACUUCGCAUAAGAACAGCUAUGCUGGUAACAUGGAAAUAAACUGGGACUAGUUGUGAAAUAGAAAUGUAUUUUAUUUUGUUCCCACUUACGCUUUCCACAACUCAACAUGAUAUUUACAAAGUUUCAAACACAGGCUUUACGACAAUUCAAUUUGACAACAGUAAUGUUAUGUCGAAUUAGCAUCUUAAUACGCAAAACACAGUGUAUGGUACCUGUCCUGAAGUACUCAAUAUCCUGCUUGUAUAUAGAAAGAUAUCUGACCCACCUGCACUUACACAUAUGAUUUGCAUAAUGUAAAAAUAUUUUUGAAAUUUGGUCCUAAAGGCCCGUGUUUCAAGACAAGUAGUUUUGAGAACAAAAAGAAACAAAUGAUUACAUACAUCAAAAUAUAGUGAGCGAUAUUUUUUAUUUCUUCCCGGUUGUGUACUCAGAUAUAGUUCAAUGAUUUAAGUGGUUCCUUGUUUUUCAGAACCAAUCAUGAGUGCUAUUGCUGCAGUGAAAAAGCGCAUGGCUGAGAUGCGAGAUGGCAUCGACGAAGCCGAGGGCCGCAUGAAAGAAUCUGAGCAACUGAAACGCGAGGCAGAGUCCCGAGGUCUGACGGCUGAGGGUGAAGGGUCUUCGUUAAGGAACCGCGUGUAUCAGCUGCAAACAGAGAUUGAAAGAGUUAACAAGAGGUUGGAAGAACAACAGGCCAAGCUUGAUUCAGCAGAGGGUCGCACACUGGACAACGAUGACGCUCGCAAGGAUCUGGAAGGACGAGAAACGGACAACGAUCAAGAUUUAAUCAUGCUUGAACAAAGCACUAAGGAUGCCAAGGUAAUGGCAAAUUAGGAAACACUGUUGUGGAAACAUUUGCAAAGUCAAUGAAACUUGAAAAGUAAUUGUUUGCUGGAUUAAUUCCCCAUUUGCCUGUCCGUUUUUCAGAAAAAGCCAGAAACUUUUUGUUUUGUUUUGUUUUGUUUUGUUUACCAAGUGUACCGUAUUUCCAUUUAGUCCCCCUGGGGGCUUACCCCCCCCCCCCACACACACACUUCAGGAUUAUAAACAGUACACUAGUCUAUUGAAAUACAAUCCUAAUAAUUGUGACAUAAUUUGCGACAUCAUUUCGGGAUGUGGAAAGUCAUUCUUAAUAACUUCUGUCUUAUUAAGGGAACUUGAUUAAUGAGAAUCUUCUGUUUUCCUGAGUAUAUAUUUAAGAUAAAUUUGCUCAAAUGAAUGCCAGAUCUCAGUCUAAAAUUUACAUUUCAUCCGACAGGUGUUGGUCACAGAAAACACACAAAAGUACGACGAUGCGCUGAACAAGUUCAAGGUGCUCGAAGGGGACUUGGAACGAAUCUACGAGCGUCUCACGAAUGCAGAGAAUAAAGUACACCGACUCGAUGAUGAGGCGAAGCAAGUGAACACCGACCUCAAGGACCUGGAAACGAGAGAUGAACAAGCUAAUGAGAGGGAAAUGUCGCUGGAAGAUCAAGUGAGAUACCUUGACUGCCAACUUAAAGAAACCGACCAACGGGCGGACCAAGCCGAACGUAUGGCGGCCAGACUCGAGCGAUUACGAGACACUAUCCAAGGUAAGUGUUAGUCUUAAGGCUCGUUUACACUGGACAUUUUUCUUGUUCUGACGGAUCUGAACGAGUGGAUGAGUUAUGAAUGUUGUGAGUAUAUAAACUCUCAUCUGAACAUUCGUAACUCAUCCACUCGUUCACAUCCAUCAGACCAUCAGAAGAAGAAAAUCGCACUAAAAAUCGCAGCAAAAAUUUCAAAAACGUGUAAACGGUCCUUUAGUGAUACUCACCCUUUUUUCACGAAUGAUGCUAGUUUGUCCCACUAAACUUUUGUCUAUGAAACGAUGCCUACUGUGAAAACAUUAGGCAUCAUAGUAUGGGACCCAAAGUCGCCUUAAACAUUUUCACGUUCGUAAACAAGUUGUUAGGAGAACUUUACGAUUUUUGUUAACCAGGAUUAGCUAAUUGACUUUGGAAUGUUUUAAUCUGUUUGUUUUUACAUUCCAGGUGGCAUAGAACUUGAAAAGAAGAAAACAGAGACGAUCAAAGAUGAAUUGGAAGCUACCAUGUGUGACUUGCUCGAUGUUUCACAUGACCAUGGGGAAAUACAUCAUGGAGAAGACCCUCCUCAACAAGUACGUGAUGAUGAAGAAGAGGAAAAAUGAUUCAAGUUUAUUCCAAGAUUUCUGUUAGUUUAGUUCAAAAGUAACAUUUUUAGUCAACAAACUAAAUAAAUAGGGAGACAUUUCACUGAGAUACAUCGAAAUUAAAUAUAAAGCUUUUUUUUGUAUUUGUUC